UGCAUGACAUCACAUCCGGUCUAAUUUAAGCUAAUGUUGCCCAGAUUACACAUAUUUCUAAAUUGAUUUUCGUAAGCUGUUAGUUUCUUUGAUUUAGUCGUUUUUUGUGGAACUGUAAAGUGGUUUUAUUCGUAGUUUAGUACCGUUUUUACCCAAGCCGUCGUCUGUAAAAAGCUGCCUACGCAGAUGCUCUUCAUUGUUAGCCUAGCGUUAGCCUCCACUUCUCUCUGCGAGGCGAUUCGGACCACAGCUGCCGACUGACUAGCCUGGUUACCAGUUAGUAAGGCAGGUCUUCUGUUUGUGUGGUGGCGUUUGUGGGACUUUUUAUUUUAUUUUUUCAUAUGAGGAGUGAACAGAGACGAGCCGCUGAUUGCUUAGCACGCAUCGAUUAGCCAACCGGCUAGUUUCGAGGAAACGUCUUCACUGGUUGUGUUGACGUUCACUCGACCUGCUUUAACUCCAGAGAGCCCAUUUCACCUCAUUGCCCAGAGGCAGAGCCGUUUGUUUAGUUUUAGUGUUUGGCAUUUUGCCACAAUGGCUUCCUCCUCUGGAAACGACGACGACCUCACCAUCCCCAGAGCGGCCAUCAACAAGAUGAUUAAAGAAACUCUCCCGAACGUCCGAGUGGCCAACGAUGCCAGGGAGCUGGUGGUCAACUGCUGCACCGAGUUCAUCCACCUCAUUUCCUCCGAGGCCAACGAAAUAUGCAACAAAUCCGACAAGAAGACCAUCUCCCCCGAGCAUGUCAUCAACGCCCUUGAAAGCCUCGGCUUUGCGUCGUACAUCACGGAGGUGAAGGACGUCCUGCAGGAGUGUAAAAGUGUGGCCCUGAAGAGGAGGAAGGCCAGCUCCCGGCUGGAGAACCUGGGCAUCCCAGAAGAGGAGCUCCUCAGACAGCAGCAGGAACUCUUUGCAAAGGCCCGGCAGCAGCAGGCGGAGCUCGCCCAGCAGGAGUGGCUGCAGAUGCAGCAGGCCGCCCAGCAGGCUCAGAUGGCCGCGGCGUCCGCCAGCGCAGCCCAGCAGGCCGGUUCUUCUCAGGACGAAGACGAGGAGGACGACAUGUGAGCUCAGGAAACCGUUCGGCUCGUCUAAAAUUUAGUUCUGGGACUGUGGCGGUGCACGCGCAUUCCUGUGCUGCCGUCAACAGAGCCUCAAGAUGUCUCCGAGCACUGAGGAUGCACAUUUCGGAAAGAACGGCGAAAGAGAAAUUGGGCUGAAAACGAAGGGGAUAAAAAGGCUGCUGGGUGUUCGAUUGUUCUCAUGUCCCUCUUUCAUUUGUUAUUCCUGGCAAACGCCGUCUUUGAUGUUUUAUUUGUAGAUUCCUGGAUGUGUGGGGAACCGGCUGAAGGUAGGCGCUGCCUGGGAUGAGUUGGGGGUUUAAAACAAACAUGGCUGUCCUGUAGUCCUCCGUCACAUUCGGUGGUUUGAGUGCACCGCUGAUCUCUCCUUGUUUGGUGUUUGACGUCAGUUUUACUCUAAGGUUUCCGUUUCCUGGUAUAUUUGUUAAACAAUCGAUCGUUUAAGGGUGAAUUUGUUCAGUUGUGUAGAAAACGGACACUUUGUUCAAUUUGAGCUCAUCUGGUUGCUUUGUGUCAUUUUCUUCCUAGAACCACCUCAGUAUUGGCAGCGAGCUACGCCUUUGAACCAAAGACAGAUGACAGACUAACGGCAGUUUGUUUUUAAAGGCGUAGGUGCAACUGGACUGACUCCAGAUCAGUGUAAACGAUAAGGAACCUUUCAUAUCCAGGCUGAAGUUAUUUCCUUUAUUUCCCUCGGGUGCAGUAUCCAAACCUGUUCGUUGUGACUCGGGUCGAUCCUCAGUGUAAAAAACACAGGAAGCCAAGUUUCAAUUGCCUAUUCUGUAUUCUUUAAG